AUGAAACCAAGAUGGAAUAACACAAGCUUCCUUGGGGCGAGAUAUAAGGAAAUACUGAAGAAGCAUAUGCAACGCGUGGUUCCUGAGAGUGGAAGUUAUGUGUCUCAGAUUCCAGCUGAGGAGAGACCUGAGGAGACGUCACAGAUCCAGCUUAAGAGAGACAUCAAAGAUCCAGCUGAGGAGACGUCACAGAUCCAGCUUAAGAGAGACAUCAAAGAUCCAGCUGAGGAGACGUCACAGAUCCAGCUUAAGAGAGACAUCAAAGAUCCAGCUGAGGAGAGAAAUCUGAGUUACAGCUGGGUAGAGACCUCGGAGAUCCAGCUGAAGAAAGACAGAAUUCCAGCUGAGGAGACGUCACAGAUCCAGCUUAAGAGAGACAUCAAAGAUCCAGCUGAGGAGACGUCACAGAUCCAGCUUAAGAGAGACAUCAAAGAUCCAGCUGAGGAGAGACAUCAGACUUCCAGCUGA